UUAUUACACUAAUUAUGAAAAAUAAAAUAAUUCUCAGAUUGCCAGAAAAUUUCAGCAAUUUUUAUUUAUUUUGUUCUGUUAAUAUGUGUACACUCAACUUUUGUUCGGUCGUUGGUUUGUUCGCCUUCGUCAUCUUGACCAUAGACAAUAAGAAUCUUGAAUCUUGACAUCAGUGAACUCAAAAACAUUAAAUAGUUUUUUGUUCAGUGUAUAAUUGUGUAUCUUCGGACCAAAAGUUUUGAUUCUAAAAGUGAAUAAGAAUUAACAAAAUAAUGGGGGACGCGUGUCAAGCUUGUCUAACAAGGGUGCCACAUGCAACCCUUAUCGCUACAAUAAUGUGUUGUCUAGGCGUGGGUGUGUUUUGUGGGACCAUGUACCGUGGAUCUGCACUCUCCAUCCUUAUGUUCGACGAAGUAUUCCACUUUCGAUUGAUUUGGAUUGAAGCCCUGCAGAUGAUAUUCAUUGUGGGAAGUGCAUGCAUGGCAGCACUAGGAUUUAUGUUACUUUGUCUAGGCUGUUUGACUACAGGUGCAACUCGCCAGAAAGUUUAUCGGGCGUGGAGAGCUCGGGUCGGUGGGAGAAUAUCGUGUGCCGUUUUUAUGAUCAUAACAUAUAUUUUGACCUUUGUUUGGAUAGUGUUGCUAGGAUUUCUAGUAAUAACAACAUUUUUGUUCACAAUAUUCUGGAAAUUAUGUUCAAAACCAGAAAAUAUUGUAUCAUCAACUUGUAUAGAUUUCACUCAAUUCGACUUCAUGUUUCCUUCAACGGUGAAGCAAGAAGACAUGAAAAUAUGCGAACCACACAAAAUAAAACUUUUUUGCAAAGAUUACGUUGAAAAAGCAGAAUUUAUGUUUAUCCUUGCAAUGGUGUCAUGUAUCUUAGUCAUAUUGAGUUUAGUGCAUUAUUUGAUGUGCUUAUCAGCUAAUUAUGCACAUAUCCGUGAUCAUGAAAAGUUCCAGGAGCUUCAAGAGCUACAGUACCUGACCAACCCAGACUUGCAUGCCUCUAAAGACCGUUUCUAGUAUAUGGCCCGCGCACCAUUGCUGCGCUCACUAGAAGCUACCACAAAAAUGUGACAUGGUUAAACAGAACCCAACAAUUAAAUUCAACAAGUGUUCAUUAUUCAGUGAACAAAAGACUGACUAUCAGUGAAUUAUGUGUAGAAAAUAAGAGAAAGAAAAAUGUAAACAUAUCACGGCUGAUAAAUAUAAAAAAUAAUAGUUUUAGUUUUGUAUUUUGUUACUUCUAACAUUCCUUUGGUUGUUUAAUUGAAUUUUUAUUAAUUUUUAUGAUUUUCCAUUCUGUUAUUGUUGUUUGUACGGCAUAAGACAUAAAAUAUGUGUACUUAAUGUCUAUAUUAUCUAAUAUAGUUUAAAUUGAGUAUAUUACAUUUUAUCAUAGAACUUAGUACAAAUAUUACUAGCUACAUUACUUAGUACAAUUUUUAUGGGCUCCGGUAACCACUUAACACUAGGUGGGCUGUGAGCUCGUCCAACCACCUAAGCAAUAAAAAAACAAAUAACAGUAUAUUGAAUGGAAUGUAUUAUUAUUUAAGAUGAUCAAAAUUGUCAAUUCAACUUUAUAGUCUACUAUGUAUGUUGAGCAACAGUAGAUUAGACUGAACUGACUUCCCAUAGAUUAGACUGAACUGACUUCCCUCUAUUCUUUUUUAUGUCAAUUGAAAUAAACAUUAUAUCCAUAAGAUGGAGUAAACCUAUUAGCAGUUCAUUAACAUUGUAGAUUUCAUUUCAAUUUCAAAUUGCUGCUUUUGGGCCUGUAUCGUACUGUAUCAUACAGGCCCAAAAGAUACAUAUAGUAAACCUAUCACAAAAUAUGUAAAGGUGAUUUUAGAUGAUUGCCAUUAUAAUUUUAAUAACAGUUGUUCAGAUACUUCGUUAAUAAUGAUAAAAUUUUCAGAAGUACAAAAUAUUUUUAUAUCAACAGUCCACUAUGGUAAGGGAAUGUGUGUUAGAUUAUAAUAAUGUAGCGUUCUAGAUUUAAUAGUAUUAAAGUGAAAGUUUUCAUAAUUUGUUACUGCUGCAUUUUGAAUACGUAACUCAAUUUUUAAUCAAAUUUUAUCCCACCACAUAUUUUUCUAUUAAACCUUGCAAAUUUGCAAAAUUUUUACUAAUGUAUAAUAAUAAUUUAAGAAGCUUUUUUAUGCUUAUUUGUAAGUUCUACAGCUGUUUAUGGCAACUAAAAUUUUGUUACAUUUAUAUAAAUAAAAUAAGUUUAUCUAUUUUAUAUAUAAGUCUUUCAAUGACUUGUUUCAACCCAGAAUAGCUUUACCUCAUUGCCCUUUGUUAUUUCAAUUAUGUACUGUAAAUAAAUAUAAAGACAAUCAAAAUGAUUCGAAGUAAUCAAAGCAGACAAUAACAAAUGUUUAAAAUACCUAUGAUUCCAAAUUGGGGUCACUUUAUAUUAUAUUAUAUAAUUACUUAUUUACAGUGGCUUUUGUAAUUUGUACCAUGAGCAGCAUUAUGUAUAUUAUAGUUAAAAGUUAUUUGUAAUAAACAAUUGUAUACAAAUAA